CAGUAACAGAUGGAAAAAACAACGGAGUGAAUGAGAAUAGAAAGAACAAUGAAGUCUUUAUGUGACCCCACCUUACUUACUACCUCCCAAAACCUACAAGACCAAACACACACAGCACAACAUCAUUCAAAUAUUUCCAUUUUUUUUUUCUAUUCAAAAUUCAACUCUUUCCACAAAUUCUCCUUCAUUGGAGUUGGAUCCCCGGAAGGAUCUGCAUUUUUUUGAAAGGCAUCACAGAAGAGCAGUCACAUACCAGGAUCAUUAUGAGUUGUGGUUGCUUUGGAGCCUCAACUCUCAAGAAGAAAAGGAGUCCACCUCAUACUCCUAAUGAAAUUGAUGGGUAUCCACUUGAAAAUAUUAUGCAUUUUUCUGAAAAAGACUUGAGGUUGGCCACUGAUGAUUAUCAUCCAAGCAAAAAGAUAGGACGGGGAGGUUUUGGCACUGUUUACCAGGGAACCUUAAAAAAUGGAAGACAAGUAGCAAUAAAGAGCCUUUCAGCUGCAUCAAAGCAGGGAGUUCGUGAAUUUUUAACUGAAAUUAAAACUAUAUCGCAUGUCAAGCAUCCAAACCUUGUUGAAUUGGUUGGUUGCUGCGCUCAAGAACCUAAUCGUACAUUAGUUUAUGAAUAUGUGGAAAACAACAGCCUUGAUCGUGCACUACUAGGAAACAGAAGUACAAACAUUAAGCUAGAUUGGGGAAAAAGAUCUAAUAUUUGCACAGGUACGGCUAGAGGUCUUGCAUUUCUUCAUGAAGAAGCCGUUCCACACAUUGUGCACAGAGACAUCAAGGCUAGCAACAUAUUACUUGACAGACACUUUAAUCCAAAAAUAGGAGAUUUUGGGCUGGCGAAGUUAUUUCCAGAUGACAUCACUCAUAUUAGCACAAGAAUUGCCGGAACAACCGGUUAUUUAGCACCUGAAUAUGCAAUGGGAGGGCAGUUAACCAUGAAGGCUGAUGUAUAUAGUUUUGGGGUUCUUAUACUUGAAGUAAUUAGUGGCCAAAGCAGUGCGAGGACAAACUGGGGAGGGUCAAACAAAUUCCUCUUGGAAUGGGCGUGGCAGCUUCAUGAAGAGGAGAGACUGUUGGAGCUUGUGGAUCCAGACAUGGUUGAAUUUCCUAAGGAAGAGGUGAUUAGGUACAUGAAAGUAGCUUUUUUCUGCACACAAGCAGCAGCAAGCCGAAGGCCAUCGAUGUCACAAGUUGUUGAUAUGCUCUCCAAGAAAAUCAGGCUCAAUGAAAAGCAAAUAACAGCACCAGGGUUUUUCCAGACUUCAGGAGAAUCCUCUCUAAAGAAGUCAUCCUUUGAGUCCACUAGCCAUCAGUUUAGUUCUGCUCCUGUCAGUUUUACUCAGGUCACUCCGCGGUGAAGCCUAAAUCAAAAUUGUUGUGUGAUUAUAGAGUAGAUAAAUAGAUGAAAAGGGAAAAUAUUCAAAGGGAGAUUUCUCUCUCUUUAUCUUUAUAUUUAGUUUAAUGGAUCAUAUUUUUAUUUUCUUUUGCUUCUUUUCUUUUAUUUGUCUAAUUCUUUUUAAAGAAUGUGAUGAAGGUGAGCUUGGUAAGGUUUUUUAAAUAGCGCAUUUAUGAUAUUGUUUCAUUUUUUAACAUGUGUGAAAAAGACCCUUGUGAACCCUACUAAAGAGAAUAGACCAGUUAAAGAAUGUGAUAUUAAUGGAUUA